AUGACAUCUCAAGUAGCUAUCGCCUUUACUCGUCCACCCUUUGAGGCUGGCGCGAAACCUUCUUUCUCCAUGGCGACGUUGAUGUCGAACAACGAGCCCAUCGCCGUCUCCAACUCGCUAUCUGCAAACUCUAUCACUAGCCCUGAACCCCUCUCUUUGUUUAAAUCCUCCAAACCUGAGAGUCUAAGCUCGAUUGCCAGCGCCGGCUUGCACGUCUCGCGAUCGAGAGACCAGCUUCCUCCUAUGACAAGCCCAACAUCAGUACCGGCGGAUCGGCCGGAGCAUGAGAAGGACGCUGAACGAAACAGUUCACAAGUGGCCCGGGAGGCUCUGGGUGCAAGCGAAAAGUCGCCAGGUGCCCCGAUUCAUGAGCAUUCAGUCCAUGCAUCCCCGGAGCAUAUGCAAAUCGACUCACACGCGACCGAAUCGCCGUCGGACCCUUACGGAUCAAACGAUCAUCACCACAACUCACUAAUGCACACCUCGACUGUGGCCAGCCCUGGUCCUAUUGAGGAAUCCACUUCUCAGGAUGGAGAUCGACGGUCGCGCGAUGACUCCGAGAUCGACCACGAUGGCAAAGCAUUCUCAUAUCCGAUGCCUACGGGUAAUAUUAACGACCCGCGUCGCGGACUGAGCCUACCAAACGCAGGCUACAACCGAGGUAGCCCUCGCUCUCCAUCGGCAAAGAAACACCGCUGCCCAUACUGCGCAACCGAAUUUACGCGGCAACAUAAUCUCAAGAGCCAUCUGCUCACUCACAGUCAGGAAAAGCCUUUCGUUUGUCAAACUUGCCAGUCGCGUUUCCGAAGACUACACGAUUUAAAGCGUCACACAAAGCUGCACACCGGCGAGCGGCCACACAUCUGUCCUAAAUGUGGACGUCGUUUCGCUCGAGGUGAUGCGCUUGCUCGACACAAUAAAGGACAGGGAGGCUGCGCGGGUCGACGCGCGAGUAUGGGCAGCUUUGCGGCAGAUGACGAGUAUGGCGAUGGUGCGCCCGGGGGCCACGACGACAUGGAUGGGUUGAUGUACACAGCAGAGCCUGAGCGCAUGGACGAAGAAGACGAGCGACGAAUGACCAUGCCGAGCAUCCGCAAGCACGAGGCAGAUACAGUUGCUCGGUCUGAUUCAAUCCACUCACGCCAGUCUAACACCUACCCGCCAAUUGCCGCUGGUCGUCCCAGCCACCUUUUCCCACCCCCGGCGAACCAUGGUGGAUCAGGCGUGUCAACAUCGGCUUCGCAGUCUACACACAUGACUUUCCCGCCUGCGGGACUUACCUCGAGCUCUUCUAUGUUCCCUUCCAACAAUAUUAGUGACAGCCCCAAACCGCUGUCCCCGAACGCUCUCUCAUCGCAACACGAUGGCGCACCGUCACACCGCGCACACUCUCCUGGUACCAGUAUGGGACAGUCCUUGCCACACCCGCAAUCCUCUUUUGGACGAGCGAAUCAAUCUUCAAAUCAUGCACCACCUACACUAGGCUUGCCCCUGCCACAGCCAGGCGCGCCCCAGCUGCCUCCGCCGCCGGGUAUGACCUCCCCGGAUGCUCGAUUUGGCAUGCAAGCUGCAAAUAAACAUACUCCUUCGCACAGCCACUCCAGUACGCACAGUUUAUCUCAUCUCAAGGGCUUCGAUGGGCCAGAUGCCAAUUCCAAUGACGCCAGCCAAAUCGAUAAGCUUUGGGCGUACGUGCGGACAAUGCACGACGAGUUGACAGGCUUGCGCACUGAAGUUGCCGCCUUGCGGGCGCACGUUGCGUCGUCCAAUUCAGUACCCCCGGCUUCGGUGGAAGUAAACUUGAAUAAUGCCGGACCACGGUAA